AUGACUUUCCAUCCCGAUUCCAUUCCUGACCUCACAGGCCGCGUGUACAUUGUGACCGGCGGUACCUCUGGAAUUGGAUAUUACACAGUCGCACACCUGGCAAAGCAUGGAGCUCAUGUCUAUCUCUGUGCAAGAACCCAAAACAAAGGCAUCACUGCCAUUGACGGGAUCAAGUCCAUGCAUCCGAAAGCUCAAAUCAGCUUAUUGGAAAUGAACCAUCUAUCCCUCGCUUCAGUGUUAUCGGCAGCAAAACAUUUCCUCUCGCAGGAGAGCUCGCUACACGGCCUCAUCAAUAACGCCGGUAUAAUGGCCACGCCAUUCGAAAUGACACCCGACGGCUACGAAGCCCAAUGGCAGACAAACUACCUGGCGCACUGGCUUUUCACAUCUCAUCUUUUACCAUUAAUGCUGCAGACAUCGAAAUCAUCGCCGGCGGGCACUGUUCGUAUUGUAAACUUGUCGUCAUCGGGCCACUACUUUGCUCCGAAUGGAGGGAUUAAUUAUGAGGAUACUAGCUUGCCUGCUGCAAGUGGAAUGGCGCGGUACGGUCAAUCGAAGCUUGCAAAUGUUUUGCACACGAAAACAUUACACAAACUCUACGGCCCUUCUUCGCCGAGUGCCAGAGCUGGGGACGGGGAGAUUUGGGCGUCUGCCGUACACCCGGGACUCGUCGAGAGCAAUCUGGGUACCCGGGCUGAAACUCCAAAGAUUAUGUCGACUAUUAUCUCGAUUUUUGGAGCAAUGGGUGCUCGGGUCAAUGCGGACAAGGGCUCGUGGACAAGUGUGUUUUGUGCUGCUAGUCCGCAGAUGAAGAAAGAGCAGAGCGGCGAGUAUUUUCAGAGGAUUGCAGAGUCUGGAUGGCAGAGUAAGAUGGCCAAGGAUGUAAAACUUGCGGAUGAGCUGGAGACAUGGACAAGAAAGGUAAUGGAAAAGGGUGACUGGUGUUGA